AUGGCCGAUUUUCUGCUCCAAAUGUGGACUGCACGGGCUCCUCCUGACCUUACUAUAGCGCAACCAUGCCUGUACUCGGACUGGCUCACAGAAAGCCUAGAUCGAGGUAUCCGGCGAACCUUGAAUGGAACCGCUAAAUGGGGUAAUGCUAUCGACUAUCUCAUCAUGCGGUCUAUGAUUCCAGGGUAUGCUGUUCAGUUUGAUCAGUAUACAGGUAUUGGAUUUGCCCACGGGGACUUGCAUGCAUAUAACAUCAUGAAAAAUGAUGACUUCCGCUUGACUGGGUAG